AUGCAGCUGCCGCCUCACCCGGCUCCGCCCGCCAUCCUCACGCCGCUCGCCCACGCCCGCCGCGCCUACGCCGCUCGACCCUGUCGCCCUUGCUGCAGCUGCCGCCUCACCCGGCUUUGCCCGCCAGCCGAGGUUGCUGCUCGCGUGCUGCUGCCUGUGGCGCACGCUCGGCCGCCGCGCCGUUGCCUGCUGCGCGCCACCCCGUUCUCCCAGUCCCGCUACCCCGCUACCCAGCUCGCCGUUCCGGCCUGCCGCACCGCCCCGUCCUGCUUCCUGCGCCGCCGCCUCCCCACAGCUCCCCCCCGCUCUCCUGGCCCACGCCCGGCGCCCGCGGCCAGCGCCCCGCCGUGGCCGCGGCCGUCGCCCGGGUUCGCCCCGACAGGCACCCGUGCCCGUUAA